AUGUUCUUCAAAGUUCUCUCCCUCCUUCUGAUCUCUCUGAGCUUUGUGCUGAUGGAGGAAAAUGGCACCAGGGAAAAGCCAAAGGAGCCCAAGUCCCUGCAGAGGCGGUAUUCAGAGGGAACUUUAGCCAGCGAUUACAGUCAAGCUUUGGACAACAUGAUGAAGAAGAACUUUGUGGAGUGGCUCUUGAACAGGAGAGAGAAAAUGAUUGAUAACAGCAUUGACCCGUCCAAGAGAGAAGCUGAAUCCAUCACGUUAAGUACAAGGAAUCAAGGCACUGAUGCCGAAUCCCUGGAGGGAAAGGAUUUCAUUAUUUGGGUUGUGCAAAUGUCUUCAUCCCAGCCUUUCUCUUGUAGUUUUGCUCUGCCAAAAGAUUCAGAUGACUGGAAGGCUGUCCUGAGGCAAGAAUUUCUGACAUAG